AUGGCAAUUAAUUAUCUCUUGAGGAGUCCUCCAGUCAUGUAUAAUCUUGGAAUGGGAAGUGCACUUGAGACACUAUGUGGGCAAGCCUUUAGUGCUGGGCAAACAUACAUGCUUGGAAUUUACAUGCAACGCUCUUGGAUAAUCUUACUUGUGAGUUGCAUUAUCCUCACUCCCAUUUACUUAUUCGCGACUCCAGUCCUAAAGCUUCUUGGACAACGAGAUGAUAUCUCAGAAAUGGCCAGGCAAUUUGCGGUCCAAAUCAUUCCUCAGAUGUUUUCACUUGCCAUCAAUUUUCCAUCCCAAAAGUUCCUUCAAUCCCAGAGCAAGGUCGGAGUUCUUGCUUGGAUUGGAUUCUGGGCUUUGAUUUUUCACAUUUUUCUACUCUGGCUCUUCAUCUACGUAUUUGGUUGGGGUACUGUUGGUGCUGUUGUGGCAUAUAACAUCUCGGGUUGGAUUGUGUCUUUGGCUCAAGUAGUAUACGUGGUAAAAUGGUGUACAGAUGGAUGGAAAGGAUUGUCUUGGUUGGCAUUUAAGGAGAUAUGGGCUUUUGUUCGACUCUCUUUAGCUUCUGAUGUGAUGCUUUGCCUAGAGAUUUGGUAUAUGAUGGUUUUAGUUGUCCUCACUGGACAUCUUGGAGAUGCGGUGAUCGCAGUUGGGUCAAUUUUUAUCUGCAUGAACAUUAAUGGAUGGGAAGGUAUGUUGUUCAUUGGAAUAAAUGUUGUUGUAAGCGUUCGGGUCUCAAAUGAACUUGGUUGUGGACACCCUAGAGCUGCCAAGUAUUCGGUCAUGGUUGUAGUUCUCGAGUCUCUCAUUAUUGGGUUGUUCUUCAUGUUUGUUAUCUUAAUUAGCAGGGAUCAUUUCCCUAUCAUAUUCACAAGCAGUAAAGAACUUCAACAAGUUGUUGCUCGCCUUGCUUACCUUCUUGGUAUAACCAUGGUGCUUAAUAGCAUCCAACCAGUUAUAUCAGGUGUUGCGGUUGGAGGUGGAUGGCAAGCUUUGGUGGCAUAUAUUAACCUAGCUUGUUAUUACAUAUUUGGACUUCCGCUGGGUUACAAGGCAAAUUUAAGAGUGCAGGGUAUUUGGGCUGGAAUGCUUUGUGGAACUGCUUUACAAACUUUGGUUCUCUUGAUAAUCAUUUGCAAAACCAACUGGACCAAGGAGGUUGAACAAGCAUCGGAACGUGUUAAAAUGUGGGGUGGAUCAGGUGACUAA